CAUCUCAUUAGACAGAGAGAGCGAGAGAGCGAGAGAACAAGAGAGAGAGAUGCGGAACACUGGCAAAGAAUAUGCUGAUGGCUUCCAUACCGCCGGCAAAGUUAUCACUUGUAAAGCUGCCGUUGUAUGGGGUCCAGAAGAACCCUUUGUGAUAGAGGAGGUGCAAGUUGAGCCCCCUCAAAAAAUGGAGGUCCGGAUCAAGAUCCUCUUCACUUCCAUCUGCCACACCGAUCUCGGUGCUUGGAAAGGCCUGAAUGAGAUGCAACGUGCAUACCCUCGAAUCCUUGGCCACGAGGCCGCUGGGGUGGUGGAGAGCGUGGGGGAGGGCGUGGAGGACUUGAAGGAGGGGGACCAUGUGGUUCCCAUCUUCAAUGGGGAGUGCGGCGAGUGCACCCACUGCGAAUCUCCCAUGACCAACCUGUGUGCCCGGUUCCGGGUGGAUCCCUUCAAGAGCGUCAUGGCCGGCGAUGGCCGGAGCAGGUUCUCCGUCAUCGAUCGGGCCGGGAAGCGCCGCCCCGUCUACCACUUCCUCAACACCUCCACCUUCACCGAGUUCACAGUACUUGACUACGCCUGCGUCGUUAAAAUUAACCCGAUUGCACCCCUCCAAAGGAUGUGCUUGCUUAGCUGUGGCAUUUCUACGGGUGUGGGUGCUGCAUGGAAUACUGCAAAUGUAAAGAAGGGUUCGACCGUGGCAGUCUUCGGGCUUGGUGCUGUGGGCCUUGCGGUUGCAGAAGGUGCCAGACUGAGAGGGGCUUCAGAAAUUAUCGGUGUUGACAUCAACUUGGAAAAAUUUGACAAAGGGCGAGAGAUGGGCAUCACAAAAUUUAUCAACCCCAGAGACUGUGGCAAGCCGGUGAACGAGGUGAUCAGGGAAAUGACGAAUGGAGGGGUGGACUACAGCUUCGAGUGUGCAGGAAAUUUGGACGUACUCCGUGAGGCUUUCUCGUCAACCCAUGACGGAUGGGGUUUUACAGUGGUUUUAGGGAUCCAUUCGACCCCAAGGUUGCUGCCGCUCCAUCCGAUGGAGCUCUUUGAUGGCCGAAGGAUCACUGGAAGUGUCUUUGGAGAUUUUAAAGGGAAAUCCCAAUUGCCAGAUUUUGUGGAUAAAUACAUGAAUGGGGAAAUCAAAAUAAAUCUGGAUGGGUUUAUAACCCAUGAGCUGCCGUUCGCUAAUAUAAAUGAAGCUCUUCAGCUGCUAUCAGAGGGGAAGUCAUUGAGGUGCCUACUGCACCUGUAACGCAUAUUUUCAUCUUCCGCUUAGAAAUGUUUCCUGUAGGGAAAUAACGUUGCAUGUAUCUUUCAGACUAGCAAAUUAUA